AUGAUCAAAGUUGGUAUCGGAUGCUUUCUACUCAAUCAACACAAUCAGAUUCUUAUCGGUAAGAGGAUCAAUUCAAUUGGCCAUGGAACACUCGCACUCCCUGGUGGUCACCUCGAGUACGGCGAAUCAUUUGAGCAGUGUGCCGCGCGCGAAGUUGAGGAGGAAACUUCUCUUAAACCUUCUUCAAUUUCCCAUUGGAAACUCGGAACCACCGUAGGAAGCCUCACCGAGUCAGAGCAUUACGUCACCAUCUUCAUGAUUGCAAAGCAAGCAACUGAAACACCUCUCGUGCCUUUAAACGCUGAACCAGAAAAAUGCGAGGGUUGGUCCUGGAUCGACUGGGAAGAUCUCAAAACCCUACCACCAAGUAGACUAUUCAAGCCGCUGAAUGUGCUCAUCGAGGAAAGAAGUUCAUUUCGUCCGUGCAUUUGA